UGAAGUGUGCCUAUCCAUACAAUAUUCUUAGCAAUCUGAUUUGAAAAAAAAAAACUACCUUCUUUAAUGAUAUUGGUUUUGAUGUAAAUUUCUCAAUGAGCCAGCAGUUGUAUUGUAUGAAGCUUUUCACCUCCUAUCUUCACAGGCCUGUUCUCCAAUCCAAAAGCUCCACGAGAAAGAGGAUGUCAAUGAAUCCCCAGCAGUUCCUCCUUGUAUGCCUCUCUCUCUUCUUGCCAUUUUUUACACAUCUCUCUCUUGCCGAUGUUGGCACUGCUGCCAGCUAUGCCCCACCAUAUAUACCCACCGCAUGCAGCGGCAACGACGGGUCUCAGUUUCCGUCAAGCAAUCUGUUCGCGGCAGCCGGAGAGGGGAUAUGGGACAAUGGGGCAGCUUGUGGGAGGCAAUACUUGGUGAGGUGUAUUAGUGCAGCAGCACCAAAUAGUUGCAAUCCAAGUCAAACAAUACAAGUGAAGAUAGUAGACAGAGCACAAACAUCGGCUUCAAGGCCUUCAAGGGGUGGAACCACCAUGGUUCUCUCUACUACAGCUUUUGGAGCAAUUGCCAAUGGAUCACCCCCAUCCAUUAACAUUGAAUUUCAACAGGUUUGAAGUGGACGACAGCAAAAGACAUACAUGUAUAAUUCUAUCAACUAUUAUAGGAGGGAGCUGAUGAUCGUUCUUUUGUUACUUUUCUCCAUAGUCUCCACCUAGACAUUGAAUAAUUUAUAUUAGUUCCUAAUUUUUAUUUUUAUUUGCUCAACAGCAAAUGACCUAGCAAGAAUAAUUUUUCCA